AGGAGAAAGGACAAAUUUGUUUCAAUCCCUCUUGUUUCCACAAUUUAAUGCUCCUACGAUCCUCCCUCAAGUUACAAUCGACAAUGGCGUCCCAAAUUUCCGACACCCAGAAUCAAUAACCGUACCAAAUCAAUCGUAGCUAAGAACACGAUUCAUCCCCGAUCAUCACAACCAAAUUUGUUCACAUUUCUCAUCUGGGUUCGAUGGAGAAGCGAAUCAAAGCCUCCCAAUCGUCGUCCACGAGGAUCUCCACUUCGGUUUUGCCGUAUCAGACACCCAGGCUCAGAAAUCAUUACCUUCUCGGGAAGAAACUUGGGCAGGGUCAAUUUGGAACCACGUAUCUCUGUACCCAUCGAGCCACCGGCGACCUUUACGCCUGCAAAUCAAUCCCCAAACGGAAGCUCACGUGCAAGGAGGAUUAUGAGGAUGUUUGGAGGGAGGUUCAGAUCAUGCACCAUUUGUCCGAACAUGCUCAUAUUGUUCAGAUCAAGGGGACUUACGAGGAUUCUGUGUUUGUGCAUUUGGUGAUGGAGCUUUGUGCCGGUGGAGAGCUUUUUGAUAGGAUUUUGCUAAAGGGUCAUUACAGCGAGAGAGAAGCGGCUAAGCUUAUCAAGAUUAUUGUUGGAGUCGUCGAGAAUUGCCACUCUCUUGGGGUUAUGCAUAGGGAUCUCAAGCCUGAGAACUUUCUGUUCGAUAACCCAAGCGAAGAUGCUAAGCUUAAGACCACGGAUUUUGGGCUCUCUGUUUUUUACCAGCCAGGACAAUCGUUCUCUGAUGUCGUUGGAAGCCCCUAUUAUGUUGCCCCUGAAGUGCUCCGUAAGCACUAUGGGCAUGAGGUUGAUGUAUGGAGUGCAGGUGUUAUCCUUUACAUCUUAUUGAGUGGUGUUCCACCUUUUUGGGCAGAAACUGAUUCAGGGAUCUUCAGACAGAUUUUGUACGGUAAGCUAGAUUUCAACUCUGAUCCAUGGCCCAACAUUUCAGAUAGUGCUAAAGAUUUAAUUAGGAAAAUGCUCGAAAGGGAUCCAAAGGAGAGAAUCUCUGCCCAUGAAGUUCUUUGUCACCCAUGGAUUGUAGAUGACACAGUUGCCCCUGACAAGCCUAUCGACUCUGCAGUUUUGUCUCGGCUAAAGCAGUUCUCUGCAAUGAAUAAGCUGAAGAAGAUGGCUCUACGUGUCAUAGCAGAACGACUGUCUGAAGAGGAAAUUGGUGGCUUGAAGGAAUUGUUUAAAAUGAUCGACACUGAUAACAGUGGCUCAAUAACAUUUGAAGAGCUUAAAGAGGGGUUGAAAAAAGUGGGCUCUGAACUCAUGGAAUCUGAUAUCAAGUCUCUUAUGGAGGCGGCUGAUAUAGACAACAGUGGAACCUUAGACUAUGGUGAAUUCCUUGCAGCUACAUUGCACCUAAAUAAGAUCGAGCGAGAGGAUAAUUUAGUCGCGGCCUUCUCCUAUUUUGACAAAGAUGGCAGUGGUUAUAUCACCACUGAUGAGCUUCAACAGGCUUGCAAGGACUUCGGUUUGGGCGAUGUUCAUUUGGAUGAGAUAAUCAAUGAAAUUGAUCAAGAUAAUGAUGGUCGUAUCGACUAUGAGGAGUUUGCUGCAAUGAUGAGGAAGGGCGACGGGGGCGUCGGGAGAAGUAGAACUAUGAGAAACAACUUGAACUUGAACUUGGCCGACGCGUUUGGAAUAAAAGACAAAUCGUUAGCAAACUGACAGGGGGAUGAUGCUGCUGCCUAGGUUAUGUAAUUUGUAUAGUUGGCUAACUGUUCAAGUGCAGAAAAUACAUCCCAUAGCUUCAUGAUGAUGAGCUUUUGAUUUUGAUUUUGAAUUUUGCUUUAAAUUAUGCCUUAUCUAUUCUUUAAGUUCUUUAAUGAGAGGACUUUGAAUUUUCCUGACAU